AAUUUCGAGUGGGUGUAACAUUAGUUGGAAUUAUUGGCCUGAAGCAGAAACAACUCUCAAAUAAAAAUUCCUCAAUAGUUAGAUAAAAUGUGCAAAAUGUUUGUGCAUUUCGUGUGUGUAAAAUUUCUGUUAUUAAAUUUAUAUGUCAUUAAUGUUCGUGGUCUGUGUUUGGCGACGGAGCCGCCAACUUGUCUAACGAAUUUAGAAGAGGAGGACGCCAAAGAAAUUCUGGAUUACGUGUUGAGCAAAUAUGAAGAAGUUGGCAUGAAAAUCAUCGGCGAGCCAUUGGCGGUUCGGGGUAAGCGAAUAUCGUUCGGAGGUACUGAAGAAUUUCACAUUGUCUUCCACUACGUGGACAAUACUCCCGGUGAUGUGAUACAAAAUUGUGUUUUCAUUGUUGUGCAUAGUCCAAAUGCGUGCGAGACUAUAAGUACUGUGUGCAAUACAUUUUUACCUGUUACCCCUCGACCUCUCCUAAGGCUUGAAGAUUUAACCGUUUGUGAGGAUGGCGAGGAGCAAACCAAAUCACACGAAGAAACCGAAGAUGCAAAAACGACAUAAAAUACAACAUACACGGAUUAGCAAGAGAAAACUACAUACUCACCACUCUAUAUUGUAAUUAUAUUAUAAUAUUAUAUAAAUAAGUUUUCAAUUACCACUUAAGCAGUAAUAUGAAUAUAUUAAAUGGGUAUGUGAUUAACAUAUUUUUUCACUCUAUUUAUUAUAAUAUAUUUUUUAGGAUAUAUGUCAACAUUAAAGUAUUAAUUCGAUAAAUUUAGAUUUUCUUUUUGGACUAGCACUAGAUAUUAAAAUAAAUUUAGCGGCUUUUAUUAAA